AUGUUUGUGGAAGGUCUCUCUAUUCUUGAUAACGCUAUGAUUGGUAUUGAAAUUAUCCAUGCCUUAAAGAGGAAGACUAAAGUAAAUAAGGCACAUCUAGAGAUUAAGAUUGAUAUUAGUAAGGCGUAUGAUAGGGUGAAUUGGGGUUUUCUGAGAGGUAUUCUUCAAAGAAUGGGCUCCACAGAGAGGUGGAUCUAUUGGAUAAUGAUAUGUGUCACUUUGGUGCAUUACUCUGUUCUAGUCAAUAUGGAUAUUAUGGGACCAAUCCAACAAGGAAAAAGAAUGAAACAAGGGGACCCACUAUCUCCAUAUCUCUUUAUCCUUAUUUUAGAAGGUCUUUCUGCUCUUAUCAAAAGAGCGGUGUCUCAAGGGGAUCUUCACGGAGUCCAGAUUUGCAGGGGACACCUAUCAUGUCCCAUCUUCUUUUUUAUAACAAUUGCUUUUUCUUUUGAAGGGCUAAACAAAAAAAUAUUACACAUCUUGUGA